GAAUUACACUAAAUUGUAUUCUGUUGUUCUGCUGUAACAUUGGAAUUUUCUGGGUCCAUCCUGCCGCAUCACACAGAACUUGUCCAGUUGCAAACCGAGGUCUUCAUCACCACGGUGGACGACUCAUCGGGAAUCCGCAGCUUUCAUUGACAGCGCCAUCACUUCUGAGAUACUCUUAUAUUGUAGUUGAAUAAAGGCACGAUAUUAGUAUGAGUGCUGUCGCAAGAGCUUUCGGAAGGGCACACAAGAAGCAUCUGGAGCAUCAUGCAGGGGACACUGGGGAUGCCCAAGAACAGCCUGCCCCCCAGCAGGUUUUGUCAGCAGAAACUAGAGGCAGUGAGCUCAGCAAGCUUCUGUCCAGCACUCCCACAUGCAUCCUGCGCCCGCAUGCCUUCUUUGUGUCGUGGCAGGGCGUUGUCACACUCGCAUACAGGGGCUUUCCACCAGCAUUGGUGCGCCUGAAGCAGGAACUCGACAAAAGGCAUGGCAGCCUGCCAAAGGAGAAUCCUGGGUCCAAGUGGCCCAAGACCUCUCUGGGCGCUGUUAGGGACACGUGCAGGCUGAAUCCCCAGCAGCUGGACGCCCUGCUCAGGAUCUGCAGGGAGGAGACAGAGUUGCUAAGGGCGGAUGAGCUGGCAUCCCAGGGCUUCCUGAUCGACAGAGCUGCAGUGGCCGUCUUUGAGUGCAGGAGUCUGGAGCGGCUGGUGAGUUGGCAGGAGAUGGGCUUCUCUGGCGAGGUCGAUGAGUCACUGCCAGAGGGCGAGGAGACGGAGAGAGUGGAUCGCAUAAUGGCAGAGGCCGAGGCGCCCGAUUACUGGUUUGCUGCCAGCCGUGACGGCAACAGGGAAGGCCACUACAGAGAUGACCACUUGGGAGUGACGCUUGCUUUUGGCCUGCCGCUGGAGGCAGGCCACGUGGAGGCAGCCACGCAGGUAGGGGCGCUGAUAGAGAGGUUCAGACAGCGAGUCAAUGCAGAGCUGCCUGGCAUGUAUGCCUGGUUUGCCGACAGCUCGCUGCAUGUCACACUGCGUGCUGUCAUCUGAGCACACCAGAUGUGGCACAACUGUAUAGUAAUUGUACUGCACUGUGUUCUGUUCUGACCACUGGUUGACCACUGUUCUGGCAGACUGCUUGGAGGUCAGGUUGCAGACGUGCAGAGCAAGUAUUCUGAUGAGGGCAAUUGCAAGACAGAGCUGAACAGCAAACUAAUAAUAGAUCUUGAGUAGAAUAGACCUAUUGUAAGCUCUGUAUGCUGAGUUGAAACUGGGUGUUCUAUCAUAGGAUUGAAUUAGGAUUUGGAUUUUGGGAGUGGCAAGGCUGCGUACAUCAUUUUCCCCUCUAUCAGCAUGUAUACUUGAAGGGGCGCUAGCAUAUAUGCAUCCAGGUAGACUAAAAACUUGGAUCGUGAGAACGAAAGUUUUACUUCCUUGCAUGCCCAGGUUAAAGGAAUAGGAAUGCAGAUGCCUGCAUAAAGCAGAGCAAGUAGGAAGGGAGUAAUAACAGGAAUAAUUGAACAUUUUGAACAGGCAUGCAAUUGUAAUUCCAACAUCAUUUC